AUGCAUCUCCCUAUGGAGAUAUAUGAUCACAUUAUUUUCCACGUUCAGAACAAGGACAAUGAAAGGUUUCUGUCCUGGCAGGAUGAUCCUCGAAAUCAUACUCUCCUCGAUAGUGAAACCCGACGAGAUUUGGAAGCGCUGCGUCUUGUUGACAAGGCUUUCUGUCGCAGCGCCUCAUCUUGGCUAUUCCGACGUGUUGUCGCGAGACAUGGCUCCUCGAAUUCUCUAGCUCUGGAACAACUCGUGAAAUUGUCAAACAGUCCAUAUGCCGCGUGCAGGAGACUUUAUAUUGACACGGUUAUUUCGCCGCUGCGUGGCAUGCGGAUCCCAAAUUUGGAAGAACUUGAAGUACACUUUUCCCUCGCCCACGAUUUUGAGCAUUUCUUUCCUGCCAAAAUAAGCCCAUCAUGGAUUCCUGUUGGCGAUAUUCUGCAGAAUCUUCGGCAUUUUGGGUUGUAUGUGUGUGAAAAUACAGAUCGGCUUAAUCAAAGGAAUGGGGUGGAGCCGAUUAUGUUAGAAUAUGCUACGUUCCUAAACAGCACCCAUGCACAGCAUUUAAUCAGAAUGGUUGAACUUGCCCCAAAUUUCAAGUCCCUCGCAAUCAACAGUCCAAACAUUCUGGACCUUGACGAGCUCGACUUUCCACCCUCGCUUCGUCUCCGGUCUCUCUGUUUGGGAGGUGUGUCCAUCUCAUCGCACAAGCUUCUUUCGUUGAUCGAACAGUCCAAAAAGACAAUCAGAUACAUUAAUUUUUCACCGGUUAAGCUGAAGUCUGGAACAUGGGAGCAAGUACUAGUGCAACUGUGCACGCUACCGCGCCUUCUUGAUUUCAGGACCUGUAACAGUGGGUAUUCAUGGCGAUAUGGUCUAGCUCCCCAGCUACCUCCCAAUCCGCACUGCCGCUUAAACAUCGAAACCGUUAAUCCUUUAGAUCGAUGUGCACUGGGGAAUUUACAACGUCAAGUAAACGCAAACAGGAUUGCUGCAGGGUUUCCCUCCUUCACUAAAUCGGAUUAUCAAUAUAUCGAUCAACUACCCCUAGAAAUUGCCAUGCAAUAUCUCGAACGUUAUCGCUAG